AUGAUUGCUUAGAAAAAUACUAAAAUUUAAAAUGAUAACAUUUUGAUGGGAAGUUGUGAAAUGGAGGAUUUAACAAGUAAUAAAAUAGAUUACAAUCUGAUAGUUUAUCCGUACGAAUUCGUAAAUAGAGAGUUCUUAGGAUUUAUAGAGAAAACAUCUUAUAUAAAGGAAAAUUACGAAUUAUUAUCUAAAGUAGGACAAAAUCUACGAUUGAAUUUUAAAGAUUGGCCUUCUGUUGAUUAAGCAAUAUAACUUUUUUAAAAGAAUAUGUAUCAUUUUUGUUGAAUUUUAAAGCAAAAAUGCUAAAAAAAAAUCAAUAAAAUGGAGUGAUUUUGAAAAAAAGCUCUUUUAUUGGAUUGUUAUACGAUAUUAUAUAUAUAAAGGAAUUAAAGAUAAUAAAUAAUUAGUAUUUAAUACUUUAAAUUUUAAAAGGCUACUGAAUAAUGGAGAGAAAUAUCAAAAAUGGUUAUAGGAAGAAAUGCUCAUUAAUGUCGCUUAAAAUGGGAAUAAAAAUAUAAAAUACCAUUAUCAGAAGCACCUUGGACUGAAUAAGAAGAUAAUUUACUUUAUUAAGUUCAUGAGUAAGAGAAUUUCUAAGUAUUAGAGAAUUUAAAAAAACAGGUAAGGAAAACAAGUGGUCGUAAAUCUCAAGGGAAAUAUAUAAAAAAUCUAAUAAUAAAAUAAUUAGAUAGCCUAAAUAAUGUAGAGAACGAUGGAUUAAUCGACUUGAUCCAAAUAUUUCUAAGUAUUUUAAAUUUAUAAUUAGCGACCCUUGGAGUAAAUAAUAAGAAAUAGAUUUGUUGAAAACUAUAUUAAUGAAAGGAAAGAAAUGGUCAGAACUCUCAUCAUUAUAUGGGAGGGUUAGAACAGAAAAUUCAUUAAAAAACAAAUACAAUUCCCUGCUUAAAAAAGAAAAAAUGAAAUAUGAAUUUGAAACGAUAAAUCCUCAUUUAUUUGAGAAAGUAUAAUAGUUGCGAAAAGAUUAUGCUAAAAGGUAUGGUAAUAUCACUCCAAUUGAAGAAAUAGAUAACUAUGAAUGGCAAUUUAUAGUUUUAGCAAUUUAGGGCUUAUAUAUUGAAUUAUGCAUCUAAGACGGAAAAAUUGAAGAAGCUUAAAAAAUAAAUAAUGACAACUUUUUUAAUUUAUUUCACGAAGAAUCUUCAGUUAAACCAAAUAAAAGCAUUUUAUAUAAAAAAGAACUUAAUAUUAAAAAAGUAGAUCACGAUUUAGUUCUUAAUAAUGAAAAUUGUGGAGUCGUUGUUUUUAAUAAUAAAAAUAAUAAAUUAUAUUUAACACCCUAUAAUGUGAUAGAUUUCUAAAAUAUAAUUCUAAAUUAAAUUAAAAAGAAAAUUAAAAUAGAAGAUAAUGCUACUACUUCAUCUGCUUAUUCUGAUCCAAAUUAGAAUUAAUUAAGAACUUCUAUAGGUACAUAAUCAAUAUAAUAACUAUUAUAUCUAACAAAUUAACCUAAUUUUUAUGUUCCUAUAAAUUAAAGUAUUUUCAAUAGCUAUUGGCUACCACCAGUUUUUCCAUAAUAAAUUGUAUCUUCUUAAGUUUAAAAUAAUAAUUUUAUAAAUCAUUAACAAUAAUUUUAAGAAGAUAAAUUAAGAUAAAAUAGUGAACACAAAAAAGAUCAUUUAGAUGAUAUUUUCGAGUAAUGUGGAGUGGAUAUCAAAAUAGUCAAUUCAGAUGAUGAAAAAUGA